AUGUGUGUGUGUUCCAAGGUGUCCAUCAGUCUAAAGGAGUGACUGAGGACUAACUGUGAUGUGUGUAUGUGUUCCAGGGUGUCCAUGAGUCUAAAGGAGUGACUGAGGACUAACUGUGAUGUGUGUAUGUGUUCCAGGGUUGGUCUUGUCCUGAGUGCCAAGGAGGACUGAGGAUAACUGUGAUGUGUGUGUGUUGUUCCAAGGUGCGUCCAUCAGUCUAAAGGAAGUGACUGAGGACAACAACGUGAGGUGUGUAUUGUGUUUCCCGGGUUUUUGCCAUGAGUCUAAAGGAGUGACUGAGGACUACCUGCGUCUGGAAGCUUUGGUUCAGAAGGUGGUGUCUCCCUACCUGGGAACCCACGGCCUCUACUCCAACGACGGAUCCUCAAUGCACUACUCCUCCUGCGUACUGGGUAGUUAGACUAAUACUCAUACAGCUAAAUGAUUUAGAUUUCAUCAUGCAUGAUUUGUACUCUCCAUUCACAGCUGUUCAACUGAUGUGUUGUUAGUUUCCUGUGUAAUACUGAUGUGUUGUUAGUUUCCUGUGUAGUAAUUAGGAUGUGUUGUUUGAUUUUCCGGUAAUACUGAUGUGUUGUUAGUUUCCUGUUUGUAAUACUGAUGUGUUGUUAGUUUCCUGUGUAAUACUGAUGUGUUGUUAGUUUCCUGUGUAAUACUGAUGUGUUGUUAGUUUCCUGUGUAAUACUGAUGUGUUGUUAGUUUCCUGUGUAAUACUGAUGUGUUGUUAGUUUCCUGUGUAAUACUGAUGUGUUGUUAGUUUCCUGUGUAAUACUGAUGUGUUGUUAGUUCCUGUGUAAUACUGAUGUGUUGUUAGUUUCCUGUAUAAUACUGAUCUGUUGUUAGUUUCCUGUGUAAUACUGAUGUGUGGUAGGUUCUGUUGUUAAUGACUGAUGUGUUGUUCGUUUCCUGUAUAAUACUGAUCUGUUGUUAGUUUCCUGUGUAAUACUGAUCUGUUGUUAGUUUGGAACUUCUGUCUUGUUUUCACCUCUCCCUCCCUCUCUUCUCCCUGCAUCUCACCACUUCUUUCUAUCCUUCACUCAUCUCUCUUCUACCCUCCUCCCAUCCCCUCUCCAGAAAAACGUCUGCAGCGGCGGUGGCUCAAGCCAGGCGACGCCCCCUCAAAGAACCUGGUGGUCCGCUCCAAGUCCUACAAUGUGCCCAUGUUGACACCUGUGGUGGAGUAUGAUGCCGAGACAGGCUCCGUGAGCAGCAUGGGCAUCCGCCGCCAUUCCAUAUGCGAGAUGACUUCCUGUCUGGAAGAAGGCGCAACCAAGACCGACCAUCACCACAGUUCUCCUGGACAUCCGCGGCCCAGCCGGGCAUAUAAUCCUGGAGCAGGAGCUCAGCCUGACAGCGGUGGGAGGUGGUGGAAGUCUGGAUCUCUGUGGGUCUGUGGGGUCUGGGUCUUUGGGGUCCCCACCUGUUUUAAGUUAAGAAAGUGUUCUGCAAGGAAUGAAUUAUGGGUUUGCAUCCCAAAUGGCACCUUAUUCCUUACGUAGUGCACUACUUUUUAACAGGACCCAUAGAGGUCUGGUCAAAAGUAGUGCACUAUAUAGGGAACAGGUAUUGGUAUGCAGCCAUGAUGAAAUCUAAACUGUUGUUUUGCUCAUAUGAUGUAUGUAUGUAUGGUUUGACAACGAUGA